AUGGAGGCCAUCGAUGACUACGCCAAUGAAAACAUUGCACGAUCGCUAGCCUAUACGGUGCUCGAGCAAAGACAACAACACAACUUUACAACCUUGGUUCCCAUGGCAUCCAAGUUGCUAGCCCACCGAGUUCGAUUCCUUGGACCAUCGCUGUCAAGUAGUAGUGGUAACGACUCGAAUGAAGAACCAUCCAAAGACGAGUGGAGCAACCUUAUUCAAUGGCAAAAGGACGACUGUCAAAGGAUCAUCGAGACUGAGUGGAGUACACAUGAUCAAUUGUAUCGUAAUCCAGUAUACUACAAACGGCUAGACGCAGAGACGUUGCAUUGCAUGGUGGAAUUUGCAGCAGUGGAUCAUCGACGUUAUGCAGUUGUAUUGAUACUCGAGGAGGGCGCAACCGACAUUUCAGAGUUAAAGUAUCACAACACCAAGGCAUUCUCGGAGGAUGAUUGGAAUACCAAUGUUGUCAAGAGGUGGUCCGAAUCAUUAGAACAUGCUGAACGUGAUUAUAUGGUCCCACCCAGCCCAGAGCCUGUAGCAACAGCGAAUGGACACGAGGCACCAGAUGGAUAUUGGGGUCAAUGGUCAUCUGAUGAGAACGAUGAUGAAGAAGAUGAUGAUGAAGACUUGGAGAUCAAGGGUAAAAGGGGAGGACGUGUUGUUGAUGGUGAAAAGAAAACAAGCACGAGCAUGGAGGACAAGGAGGAAGAUUCAGAGGAUUCAGAAGAUGAGUAUUAUGCGAGAUGGAGUCAAGACCCUGGAACCCUUACACCAGGUCCUACGGAUGAUACGACGACGACCGUUGGAGAAACAAGGGAUGAAAGACGCACGUUGCAACCUUACAAAGUGUUCCAAAGUUUGGCUGAUACGGAGCGACAAGAGAUGCAGGAGGAAUAUGAUACAUCAUUCAACCCGCUCUAUACUGUGCCAAGUGUACCUGAUUUAAUGGAUAUGCAUACAUCGGCCCUGCACGAAUUAACGCAAAUGUUACACGAAUCCCUGCCACCUUCCUCCUCUUCUGGUGGUGCUGCUACAACUACUACUGCAACGACACAUGCUCCUCCUCCUCCCCUUUCAACUACCACAGUGGAUCCUUUGCCCAAAGUAGUCCGAUCCCGCGAAAAUGACGAGUUUUCACAACAACAACAACAACACGUGCCAGGUGCUUUCCCAUUAGCCCCAACCACCCCACCCACACAUGCAUCAUCCUAUGGUCAAGAAGCAGGUCGGAUGUUCCUCGAAAAGAGCAUGCGUGCUUUGAUUGGUGUUGCUCGUCUCGUUGGUUUCAAAGAUUCGGACAUUCUCGGCAUGGUCAAACAUAUCAUUAGCGAAGACACUAAAGCCAUUGCAUAA